CGUCGUUUGUUUCUCUCGUCGUUGCUCUCGCGGUGCUGGUCACAAUUGCUGCUUUUUCGACAGGUCGACGGGAUGCGGAGGUUUGCACGAGCGAGCCAGAGAUUUGGCUCUCAGGUCCAGUGUGGAUUCUCCUGCUAUCCAGGCUCCACUCCACUGAUAACGUCCGCCCGAGAUUCCACCCGGUGGAGGCCGCUCAGCUCCUCGUCCGCUCCUCGCUUUGCUGAGCACUACAACCUUCCAGACUAUGCUCCCCAAGCUUCUCCCCGCUGGGACGGGGUUGAUCCCAGCAUCCUUCUAGAUACUCACUCCUCGAAUGAUGGGCUGGACGAUGCCCCAGUCGGCAUUUUGGAGGUCGGGCAGCAGCCGCCGCCGCCACCCAAACAACCACAAAAACAAGCACCAAUCCUGAGCAAGAAGCAAAUCCAGGAAUUCUGGAGCAUCAUCCGCGAUGGCCAACCCGAUCAAGUGAUGAGUGCGCUGACGGACCCUCUCUUCGAGGGACUCGUUGGCGCCAUGCCGUCCAGCACGUUCGUGGGGGUUUUCCUCUCGCUCUCGCCCGCCUACUUCAUCGAGCCAUUCCGUACGCUGCACCGACCGCUGCACUCGACCACGGUGCAUGUCAGCGGAUACAAGAGGCUCGAGGUGAUCUUUGAGGAGUUCAUUCACAAUGUCACGGCGGUGGCUCAGAUUCGUCAGUCGGCGGGCCACAAACUCGGGCUGGCCGAAUACACUCACAUUCUCCACUGUGCGAGCUCUAUUGGCGAUGCCAUCUUGGCCGACCAGGCCUGGCAUAACAUGAAGGAGGACGGUGUCCACCCCGACCUCGCCUGCUACAACCACCUCAUGUCGGCGAAGGUCUGGGACUCGGCUCAUAGCGGUCUGCAGAGGUAUCGGUUGCGAAUGACCAAGUACGUCUACCGCAAACGAGGGUACAUGUAUCCCAACCCUGGGUGGACGGGAUUUGGCACCAAGGAGCGAAGUGUACGAAAGGAAGUGGUGAGGAUACUGAACGAGAUGAUGGAAAAUGGGUUCCAAGGUGACGAGAACACCUUCAUCCACGUGCUGAUGUCGUCUUCCCGCGUGGGCAACUCGCAGGGGAUCAAAAGGAUCCUCAAGGCCGUUUGGAACGUGGACGUGGAUGCAUUGCUGGAAAAAGCACCAGACAUCGAGAUAGAGCCCGUCACCCCGUUUCCGCGCUUUUCUCCUUUAUAUCCGACGAAAAACCUACUGUUUGCUGUGGCUCAUUCCUUCGGCAACUGCAGUGACAUGCCCGCCGCGCUGUGCGCCAUCGAACACAUCUCCGAAUCAUACGGCCUUAUAGUCCCCGCGGAAGUCUGGCGAGAACUGUUGGAGCGGGCAUUUGUGCUCUCGCGAAGACGUUGGGGCCUCGACUUUGAGGGCAAAGACCGAGGCCAAGUGCUCCCCUCAUUCUUAUGCGAACUGUAUGAUACCAUGACUUCAGAGCCGUCCAACGUUGAGCCCACGGCUCACAUGCACUCGAUUAUGGCCAAAUUGGCGUGGGCCGAACGCGACUUGCCCCUCUUCAAGCACCACCUAGACGCAACCUACGACCUCCUGGCGGAAACGAGACGCAAGCAAAAACUGGCGCGCGCAAAAGUCGCGGCCUACCUCAUCAAUACCAGGACCUCGCAGGGGCCCAAGAUCCGUGGGCAAUUCCAGCUCACGCGAUUCAAAUCACGGCCCUUCGCCAACGCCGUGUACGAGUAUGACCUACUACGGCUGCGCGCCGCCCAGGCAACUAUGCUCAUCAGCAGGCUUGUCCGGCUCCUCAUCAUCCGCAAAAAUUGGGACUUCCCCGGAAAGACCGAACUCGACUGGGAGCGACGCCUUAUCCCGCAGAUCCUCGAUGAAUGGCGAGAUUUCCUCCCUGACCAAAUCCACUACCACACCACGGGUGGCGUGAUCAACAGAAAAGGGCCCCGCACCUGGCGUUUUCGAAGAUAUACCGAGUUUGACCAAAUGCCCAUCCGCCAUUCGACCGCAGAGAACGGCCUCAAAAAACGCGAAUUUGACCCCAAGGAAAUCGAAGACGACGUCUUCUGGGCCCGGCUGCUGGCCAAAUAUCCACAUUUUCUCAAUUCGCGGGCUCUCCAUCCCAUGAACCGCCUCUUCUUCGGCGUCAUUGAUCGAAGCACCGUCGCGCACCCGCAGCCACACGAUCCGUUUACUUACGAGCCCUUGGCAGACUGCAAAACCCCCGACGACUUCAGGGCGUUCUACCGUAAGUAUGAUAUGAAGGCGGCUCGGCACUACCAGCCAGAGGACAUCCAGGAUGAGGAGGUGGAGGCGGAGGAGGAAGAAGACCCUUCCGAUGCCGCGCUUGAUGGCUUCGGCUAUUCCCUGGUUUGAAUAUGUGCUUCGAUUCUCUGCGUGAUGCGCAAAUCGGCAGUGAUGCUCAGAUCAUCCACGUAUUCUUCAUUUUGAGCCUUUUCUUUCCUUUUUGUUUUCUCCGUCUUUGUUUGCUUUUCUGCGCUCUGAUUGUUUCCCCUAAGCGAAGUGCGAUGCUUUCUGAUUACUUUUACUUUUGUUGGAUUUCUUUUCUGAUGGCUGGGAUGAUCUUAUCAAAUACCCUGUUUGAGGCUUCCCGAGUGGAUUGCCCGAUUGAUGUUUUUACGCUAUUCUGAUUAUUCCAAGCUACGUGCUAGCAGUAGCACAAUGAGUCUACGUCUUUCAAUCAAG